GGCUUCUUCUGAUUAGAUUGUGAAAUAAUACGAGAAGUAAAUAAAUUGAUAUUAGCGCAAAUACUAACACACGUGCAGUACAAACAUGCAGAAAAUGCUGGGCAGAUUGCAGGCUAACGUGUUACGGCCAAAUGGCACGGCACUGGCAUUUGUUAUACGACGACAGGCAUCAACAACCUCAGCAGCUGCUAAGCCAGCAGCAACAAAUCUGGCGACCACAUCAAAAGAAUUUCGUGAGCGUCAGGUGCGUUUCAACAUCAAGAACGAUCAAACAGAUGGGCGACCCCUAUACCUGGAUGCACAGGCCACAACGCCAAUGGAUCCGCGCGUCUUGGACGCAAUGCUACCUUAUUUGACCAAUCAGUUUGGUAAUCCGCACUCGCGCACACAUGCCUAUGGCUGGGAAUCGGAGCUGGCUAUGGAGAAAGCACGCGACCAGGUCGCUAAACUAAUUGGUGCCGAUCCCAAGGAGAUCAUCUUCACUUCCGGCGCCACAGAAUCCAACAAUAUUGCAGUCAAAGGAGUAGCUCGUUUCUAUGGCACCAACAAGAAGCAUGUGAUCACAACACAGACCGAACACAAGUGCGUGCUGGACUCGUGCCGUGCACUGGAGAACGAGGGCUUUCGGGUUACAUAUUUGCCGGUUAAGACCAAUGGAAUCAUUGACCUGCAGCAGCUGGAGGCGGCAAUGACGCCUGACACAUCCCUCGUUUCCAUUAUGACAGUCAAUAACGAAAUUGGCGUGCAGCAGCCAAUUUUUGAGAUUGGCAAGAUGUGCCGCUCACGCAAAAUUUUCUUUCAUACGGAUGCGGCGCAGGCCGUGGGAAAAAUACCCUUAGAUGUGAAUGCAAUGAAUAUUGAUCUAAUGUCCAUAUCGGGGCACAAAAUUUAUGGUCCCAAAGGCGUAGGCGCCUUGUACGUAAGACGCCGACCGCGUGUGCGCCUCGAGCCGAUACAGAGUGGAGGUGGCCAGGAGCGCGGCUUGCGCAGCGGCACCGUGCCCGCCCCUUUAGUUGUGGGUCUGGGCGCAGCGGCCGAGCUGGCACUGCAAGAGAUGGACUACGAUAAGAAGUGGGUCGAUUUUCUGUCCAAGCGCCUGAUGGACAAAUUAACGACAGCUCUGCCACAUGUGAUACGCAAUGGCGAUUCGGUACACACAUACAGCGGUUGCCUCAACUUGUCCUUUGCCUACGUCGAGGGCGAAUCGCUGCUGAUGGCACUGAAGGAUGUUGCGCUCAGCAGCGGCUCUGCCUGCACCUCAGCAUCGCUGGAGCCGUCGUAUGUGCUGCGCGCCAUUGGCGCAGAUGAGGAUCUGGCGCACAGCUCCAUUCGCUUCGGCAUAGGUCGCUUCACCACCGUUGAGGAGGUCGACUAUACGGCCAACAAGUGCAUCAAGCAUGUGGAGCGACUGCGCGAAAUGUCGCCACUGUGGGAAAUGGUGCAGGAGGGCAUUGAUAUAAAGACCAUACAAUGGUCACAGCACUAGCUACCCACAAAUGAUUAUUGUUGCAGUUGCUGCCUAAGCAAAUAAUUUGAAUACAUUGCACGUUCGACGCAA